CCUGCAGGUAAACGUAGGGGCACGAAGAAGUGCGGGGUAACUGCAGUUUGUGUGUGUCCCUUGCCUUCCCGGUUCCCCCUUUCCACUGAAUUGACGCAGUAAAAAGUUGUUGCGGAAUGGCUGAUGUCUGGAAGUUGUGGACAGCCGGCAUGAAGAAGGCGCUGCUGCUUGUGGCCAUCGUCGGUGGGGUCUACUGCUUGUCGGACUCGAACCAGAGCCAUACCACCCCGCCACCCUACUACGUAAACAUCGGCGAUGGCACUUCGACUCAAUUCGACUUCCCCGAAAACACCGACGGUAUUAUUGUGGUUUCCAGCCGGUAUCGAGCGGCCACGGAAAAGGGCUGUACCAGGCUGAUAGUUGAGUCUCUGGAUCCGGAUGUCCUCAAAAUAAUCAACGUUACCGACGCCGAAACCAUUGGCUUGGUGAAAAGUUACAUCGUCAGUAUUAAAUCCCGUCUGGCCGGCACCGCACCACUCUUGAUCAGACUGUUGGAUGUCGCCAGGGUUAAGCCAUUGACCGUGGAAGAGCGAAAAGAUUAUAUCAUUAAAGUAUCGCCCACUGAUGAUGUUUUAGGUUACAACGGACUGGCGCAUUUCUCUCAAACCCCUAUACUUUAUUUUCUUUUGCCGUUGAUAUUUAUUAACAAAUGUGCUUUUGGUUGUAAGGUGGAGAUAGCGGUACUUCGAGGUAUUCUGAAGCAGCCACAUCCUGUUAUUCUCGGGGUGAUAGGGCAGUUUGUUGUCAUGCCCUUGUAUGCAUAUAUUAUGUCCAGGAUCUUCUCCCUGCCCAAAGCUCUUUCUCUUGGGCUGGCAAUUACCUGCUCUGCCCCAGGAGGGGGAGGAGGUUACCUCUACAGUCUUCUUCUCGGAGGGGAUGUCACCCUUGCGAUUUCCAUGACCUUGAUCUCCACUCUGGUUGCCACUGGUAUGAUGCCACUUUCAUCCACUAUCUAUAGCCACAUUCUCAAUGUUCAUGAAACACUCCAUGUGCCAUUUACCAAGAUUUUGGUGACAUUACUGUUUAUAGCUAUUCCCAUUUCCACAGGAAUGUUAAUCAAGUAUAAAUUGCCACGGGUCAGUAAGUUCUUGCUUUUGUUUAUUCGACCCCUCAGUUUACUGUUGAUCAUUGGAGGACUCUUCAUGGCCUAUCAAAUGGGAGCUACCAUACUUCAUAAUGUGCACAAAGAAAUAAUCCUUGCUGGAGUUGCUGUUCCUGUCUUUGGACUGUUCAUUGGAUAUCUUAUGGCCUAUUGUUUGAAAUUACCUGUGCCUGUGUGCAAAACAGUCAGUAUAGAAAUUGGAGUCCAAAAUAGUCUGCUAGCUCUUGCCGUGCUCCAGUUGUCCUUCCGCCGCAUUGAAGCAGAUUUUGCCUCGCAGGCUCCUUUCAUAGUGGCCCUGAGUAGCACUUCAGAAAUGCUGCUGCUUGUGAUUGUUCAUUUCCUAUACAAAAGUCUCAGGGCCAACCCAGUCUCUGAAGAAAAUGGCUUUAAAUCCUAAACUUUCUGGAUUGGUUCCUCUAAAGCAAUGUUGAUGCACUGCAAAUGUAUUUGAAAUAUUUUUCUACUGACGCAUUUUCUAAAAUGAGAGUAUAUAGCUACUGCAGUAAGUUGAUUUGUUUACAUGGCAUUCUGAAAUGAGCCACUUUCAUGUUUUUGUUGUAAGCACAAAAAGUCUGUAUUUGGAAAACUGCUGUCUUAAAAUAGGAACUCUGGUAUAAUCUAGUAUCUAAUUUCAGUUGAAUUGACAACUGUAAGAUUUUGUUGCUUUUAGGAAAAGUCUUAAAUAAUUUUAAAUUGUAUUGCUUUAAAAUAGCUGUGACAAUUUCUUUUUAGGCAACAGUUUGUGCUAUGUGCAAUGACAGUUCUUGUCCCCUGUCAAUAUCUGAGAUGUCAAAGGCAUGCAGUAUUCAAGCCAUUGCCACAG